GAAGUCAUAAUCUACAUCCUACUGCUCAAAGGGGUUUGGUAGUGCAAUUGAAAGACUUGAAUCUGAAACAUACAAGAGGGAGCAAGAAACAAAGUUAACCCUUUUGUCUAUCUUGACAACUGAAGAACAAGAAGAAGACUUUGAGUUGUUUAAGGUUAGAACCAUGAGAGGGGCACCAAAGAGACCGAUCCAAAUGAUAACAUCAUGGCUGAGGAGACAGCCGCCAAAGGUUAAAGCUUUUCUGGGUGUAGUGGCUGGCAUGGCCGCUCUUGUUUUGCUCAGAGCUAUUGUUCAUGAUCAUGAUACCCUUUUUGUUGCUGCUGAAGCUGUUCAUUCUCUUGGCAUCUCCGUCCUUAUCUAUAAGCUAAUGAAAGAAAAAACUUGUGCUGGACUCUCACUUAAAUCCCAGGAAUUGACAGCUUUGUUUUUGGCUGUCAGACUGUACUGUAGUUUUGUCAUGGAAUAUGACAUCCAUACCUUGCUUGAUUUAGCCACACUCGGUACAACCUUAUGGGUCAUAUAUAUGAUUCGCUUCAAACUGCGGUCAAGCUAUAUGGAGGACAAAGACAAUUUUGCAAUAUAUUAUGUGGUGAUUCCUUGCGCAGUAUUAGCAAUGUUAGUCCAUCCAUCUACAUCACACAACUUCAUUAACAGAUUCUUCUGGGGUUUCUGUGUAUAUUUGGAAUCUGUCUCUGUGCUCCCCCAACUGCGUGUUAUGCAAAAUACCAAGAUUGUUGAACCAUUUACAGCUCAUUAUGUGUUCGCUUUGGGUGUUGCAAGGUUCUUGAGCUGUGCCCACUGGGUUCUCCAGGUGCUGGACACUCGUGGCCAUCUACUUGUUGCUCUGGGAUAUGGACUAUGGCCUUCUAUGGUUCUGAUUUCAGAAAUAGUUCAAACCUUUAUCCUAGCAGACUUCUGUUACUACUAUGUUAAAAGUGUUUUCGGGGGACAACUUGUCUUGCGCCUUCCAUCUGGAGUAGUUUAAAGGAGGAUAUAACGAAAGUUAACUUAAAUAUGGUGAUUAGUUUUUUGUUUUUGCCCCGAAAAAUCCAUGUUGAUUGAGAAUUUUCAAUGUUGUGAUGACUGCAAAUCAGUGGAGUGGAUGGUUUGUAAAGAUGGGAAUAUGGAAUUUGAUGGGCUCUUAAAUUAUAGUCUGACAUUUUCCCGAUUUCGAAGUAAUACUUGUCCUAAUUAUGGAAUCUUUUCAGCCA